CUCUCUUGAGCUUUUCAUCCUUUCAUCUUUCUUCAUCUUCGCUCUUCUUACAACCUCACUCUCUCUUCCUCUCCACCAUUCUUCCUUCCAACAAUGACGGACACUACUGACGAUAUCGCCGAGGAAAUCUCCUUCCAGAGCUUCGAUGAUGACUGUAAAUUGCUUGGCAACCUUCUUCACGACGUCUUGCAGCGGGAAGUUGGGAGCCUAUUCAUGGAGAAAGUUGAACGAACUCGAGUCCUCGCUCAGAGCGCUUGCAAUAUGAGGAUCGCGGGCAUCGAGGAUACGGCAGACAUGAUUGAGAAGCAGCUUGCAUCAGAGUUGUCGAAAAUGACUUUAGAGGAAGCCUUCUCUUUGGCUCGUGCAUUCAGCCAUUCUCUCAAUUUGAUGGGGAUUGCAGAAACUCACCACAUGGUUCGUAAGUCGAGAAAUCUUGUACUUCUAUCAAGAUCCUGCGAUGAAGUUUUUAAUCAGCUUGUGCAGGGCGGAGUUUCUACUGACGAGCUUUACGACAGCGUUUGCAAGCAGGAGGUUGAAAUUGUUCUUACAGCACAUCCAACUCAAAUUAAUCGUCGAACUUUGCAGUACAAACAUCUUCGCAUUGCACAUCUAUUGGACUACAAUGACAGACCUGACCUUAGUCCUGAAGAUCGGGAAAUGCUAAUUGAUGAUCUGGUAAGAGAGAUAACUUCAAUAUGGCAGACAGAUGAACUUAGACGCCACAAGCCCACGCCAGUUGAUGAAGCUAGGGCUGGUUUGAGCAUUGUGGAACAGUCCCUGUGGAAAGCUGUCCCGUAUUAUUUACGUCGACUCAGCAAUGCCUUAAAGAAGCACACUGGAAGGUCGCUUCCUCUGACUUGCACACCAAUAAAAUUUGGGUCUUGGAUGGGAGGCGAUAGGGAUGGAAAUCCGAAUGUCACAGCAAAGGUCACAAGAGAAGUCUCUCUUUUGUCUAGGUGGAUGGCUAUUGAUCUAUACAUUCGAGAGCUUGAUAGCUUGCAAUUUGAACUUUCCAUGAACCGAUGCAGCGAUAGAUUAUACAGACUGGCACAUGAAAUUCUUGAAAAAGAUGCUGUAUCUGAAGAUGGACACGAGACCUGGAAUCAGUCUUCGAGCAAAAGUGAACCGAAGAAUCAGGGCCAUCAAGCUGCUGCACUUCCAAGACAACUUCCACUUAGGGCCGAUCUGCCUUCAUGCACGGAUUGCAAUGAUGGUGAAUCCAGGUAUUCUAGAGUAGAAUUUCCGAGGACUGAUCAUCCAUCAUCAAAUAAUGAGGAAACUUCGGUUCGAAAUACACAUGCAUCCUUAUCAAAUGGAACUUCACCUAGUGCAAGUGCAUUUCAGUCCAAUUCUUUGUCUCGUACUGCCUCUUUCAACUCAACUCAACUCCUUGCUCAGAGGAAACUGUUCGCAGAAUCUCAGAUUGGGAGGUCGAGUUUUCAGAAGCUUUUAGAACCAAAGCUUCCUGUACGUCCUGGAAUUGCACCCUACCGCGUUGUGUUGGGUAGUGUAAAAGACAAGCUAGUGAAAACACGGAGGAGGCUGGAGCUGCUUCUUGAGGAUCUUCCUUGUGAACAGGAUCCUUCGGAUUACUAUGAAACUGCAGAUCAACUCUUGGAGCCGCUGCUUCUAUGCUAUGAGUCUCUGCAAUCAUGUGGAUCUGUGGUGCUUGCUGAUGGUCGAUUAGUUGAUCUGAUUAGAAGAGUUGCUACAUUUGGUAUGGUAUUAAUGAAGCUGGAUUUACGUCAGGAAUCUGGUAGACACGCUGACACUCUGGACGCCAUUACAACGUAUUUGGACAUGGGUUCAUAUAGUGACUGGGAUGAAGAAAGGAAGUUGGAAUUUCUAACAAGAGAGCUGAAGGGCAAACGACCACUGGUUCCUCCAACUAUUGAGGUUCCUCCUGAUGUUCAAGAAGUUUUGAACACCUUUCGUGUUGCUGCUGAGCUAGGGAGUGAAUCACUUGGUGCUUAUGUGAUCUCUAUGGCCUCAAAUGCAAGUGACGUCCUCGCCGUAGAACUUCUGCAGAAAGAUGCACGACUUUCAGUUAGUGGCGAGUUAGGACGACCAUGUCCUGGUGGAACGUUGCGAGUGGUUCCUCUGUUUGAAACUGUGGACGACUUGAGGAAAGCAGGAUCAUCGAUCAGGAAACUGUUAUCUAUUGAUUGGUACCGAGAACACAUUAUAAGGAACCAUAAUGGGCAUCAAGAGGUCAUGGUAGGUUAUUCUGAUUCUGGCAAAGAUGCUGGGCGCUUCACUGCUGCAUGGGAACUUUACAAAGCUCAAGAAGAUGUUGUGGCUGCAUGCAACGAGUAUGGUAUUAAAGUUACCCUGUUCCAUGGGCGUGGAGGGAGCGUUGGUCGUGGGGGUGGGCCAACGUAUCUGGCCAUUCAAUCCCAGCCUCCAGGUUCGGUAAUGGGUACUUUACGAUCAACCGAACAAGGGGAGAUGGUGCAGGCCAAGUUCGGGUUGCCUCAGACUGCUGUUAGACAGCUAGAGAUAUAUACCACGGCCGUACUCCUUUCAACCCUACGUCCACCACUUCCACCUCGAGAAGCAAAAUGGCGUAAUCUCAUGGAGGAGAUCUCAAAAAUUAGUUGUGAGAAUUACCGGAGCAUGGUAUAUGAAAAUCCAGAAUUCAUUUCUUACUUCAAUGAAGCCACUCCUCAGGCGGAGCUUGGCUUCCUUAACAUUGGAAGCCGCCCAACAAGGAGAAAGACCUCUGUUGGUAUCGGGCAUCUUCGAGCUAUACCAUGGGUUUUUGCUUGGACACAAACUAGAUCUGUUCUUCCAGCUUGGCUUGGGGUUGGGGCAGGUUUAAAGGGUGUAUGUGAAAAGGGUCACACUCAAGACUUGAAAGCAAUGUACUCAGAAUGGCCUUUCUUCCAGAGCACCCUAGACCUUAUAGAGAUGGUUCUAGGAAAAGCUGAUACUCACAUCGCAAAGCAUUAUGAUGAAGUCCUAGUCUCGGAGAGUCGACGUGAAAUCGGCUCUAUAUUGAGGAAGGAACUGGUGGAGACUGAGAAAUAUGUUUUGGUAGUUAGCAGGCACGGGAAACUAUCUGAGAAUAAUCGGAGUUUGAGAAAGCUGAUCGAACGCAGACUCCAUUAUCUUAAUCCUCUGAACCUGCUGCAAGUUGAGAUAUUAAAAAGGCUGAGAUGUGAUGCAGAGAACAAAAAACUGAGAGAUGCAUUGCUUAUUACUAUUAAUGGGAUCGCAGCUGGAAUGAGGAACACAGGUUAAGUCGGCCAUUCAUAUCAUCAUCAGGUUAAGUGGUUCUUCUUACUAAGAGGGUCAGAAUAAGAGUCGUGUCUUUAUUUUGAUGUAGGUUUGGUUAAAAUAAUGAGCUAAGUUAGUGUAUUGGAAGAAGAAUGUUCAUCCAGUUUAAGGAUGGUGUCGGUUUGAAUUAAGUUAUCCGGAACCUUUUAUGUAAAUUCUUCGUUGGCCAGUAUUUGCAUUCUGAACACUCAAGAAUACUGUUCCAGAUGUCAAAUCCUCAAAGCUCCUUGUUUUUGUUGUUUAUG